AUGCAUCAGGUCCAGAGGCCUAAGCGCAGUGCAGACGGCCAGAUGCUCCUUACAAACAAGGCUUCCAUCCUAAGACGUUGGUCAGAGCAUUUCCAUGACCUCUUCAAUGCUAAUCGUUCGGUCCAAGAACCAGCAAUUCUCCGCAUUCCCCAACAAUCAAAGCUAGACGUUUGUUUUCCUUGGACUGGUCUUUGCUGGGACGAGUGUCCGCAAGUCUGUGUACAAACGAGUGCGCAGCGAGAUGUGACGGCAGUCAACAAACGCUUAAGUGAAAAUCGCUUAUCGGCAAUAAGAGACAAGCGUCCACAACGAGUAAACAUCUCUCUUUCUCUCUGUUCAUUAUCUAUCUAUCUGAUUCUGUUCAUAUCUAUCUAUCUAUCUAUCUAUCUAUCUAUCUAUCUAUCUAUCUAUCUAUUUGAUUCUGUUUAUAUCUAUCUGAUUACGUUAAUAUCUAUCUAUCUCUCUAUCUAUCUAUCAUAG